AUGCUGUUGUAUGCAGAUGAUAUCGUUUGUAUAGCUAAGACAGAGGAAGAUCUACAACGUAUUUUAGACACGUUACGUGAUUGGUGUAGACGUUGGCGCGUACUCAUUAACACUGAAAAAUCUAAGUGUGUUCACUUCCGCCGAGGCCGCGCUGCAUGCACAGACUUUUCAUUCAGGAUUGGUGAAAACGUGUUAGAGCUUGUAGAUAGUUACAAAUAUCUUGGUGUAACUUUCCAUUGCAAGGGUGACUUCUCAUCAAAUGCCGACAUUCUCGCAAAAAGCGCUGGAAGGGCCCUUGGCAAAACUAUUGCAAAGGUUCGAGACCUAAAGCACUUUGGUUUUAAUACAUUUGAAAAACUAUUUGAUUCAUGCGUUGUGCCAAUUAUGAAUUACUGUUCGAGCGUGUGGGGUUACAGAAAAUACCAAGUUAUGGAGAAUGUGCAGCAUCGUGCGAUCAGGUACUAUCUUGGUGUCCACAGAUUUGCACCUAUACUUGCAAUUACUGGUGACAUUGAAUGGGUUCCCACCAACUACAGGCGAUGGUUAAACAUGUUACGAAUGUGGAAUAGGCUCGUAUCGCUCGAUGACAAUAGAAUAACAAAACAAGUCUUCAAUGUGGACUAUAGCCAUUGUCAAAAUAACUGGUGUAGCGAAAUGAAAGAUAUUAUGUCGAAAAUUGGAAUGAAUGAUAACUUUAUAAACCGCCAACCAAUUAAUUUAGCAACAGCUAAACAUUCUAUUAUUGAACACCACAAAACUGACUAG